AUGGCUGGUGGUAUACUAAAGAACAAACUAGAACAAGACCAACAAGAUAAUCUUAAACUAACUGAAGAUACAAAAGAAUUUAGAAAUCAAGUUUUAAAAAACACAAAACUAAAUGCCCUUUUGAAAAACAAUAUAGAUCCAACAAUAUUAAAUGAUCAAGGUGAUAUUGAUCCUUCCAAAAUCUCUCAAUUAAGUGAUGAUGAUAAAGAAAAAUUAAAAUGGAAUGCUAAAAAUUUACAAGAUAAUGAAAUUAUUCAAAAACAAAUUAUUGAAAAUUUAGGUCAAACUAUUGAUGAACCUAAAACUCCCUUCCAAAAAGCUGCCCAGCCUGAAUUGAAUGAAUAUUAUCAAGAUGAUGAUGAUGUGGAAGAUUUAAAUAGUUUUUCAUUAGGUGAACCUGAAAUUAAAGUUGAUGAAUUGGAUCAAAAAUUUGAUGUUAAAGUACAUCCUGAAGAGGAGGAAGAAGAACAAGAGGAGGAAAAACCAAAGAAAUCAUUUGCUGAAUUAAGAAAGCAACAUUAUCAUAAUGAAGUCCCACAUCAUAAAGAUGUUGAAUUUGAAGAAGAGGAUGAUGAUGAUAAAGAAGAGGAAACUCCACAACAAAAGAAAACAUUUGAAGAGUUGAGAAAACAACAUUAUCAUCAUGAACAUGUCCCUGUUUUAGAAAAACCUGAUGAUGAGUAG